GCGCGUGCCGGUGGCCGUACACGCGGCGAGUACGGGAUUGACGACCAAUAGCUACGGGCAUCCGGUGCCAGACAAAUAGCCACUUUAAAAAGCGCCCCGAGGCGUUGUGAUCUAUCGCUUUCAAAAGGCCAAUCGGCGCUCUAAAAAGGUGAAAAGCAGAAACGCCGCCGCAAUAGCUACAAAGUAGCCGCCAGAAAACAUUAUUCGACCGAAGAAAGGAAAAUCUUCUCCUGUAAAAGAAAAUUGUCGUCGAGAGUAAGUAACUGUUCGACGCCCGAAAAACCAUGGAACGAAAAUGUGCUAUAAUUUGGUUUGUGCUCUGGUUUCAGUCUUUUUGCUUUGUGACAAUCGCUGAUACUAGCAGUUGUUUGAUAAAACAAGACUCUGCAUCUGUCGUUGGAACUCCAACUACCGAUGGAGGCUCUGAGACAACUUACAGCUGUGUGGCAUCUGACAACUGUAACUAUGAAGUGCAUGUCAUUGGGAACUACGAGAGUAGUAAUGGAAGACAUGGGUUCUUCACAGAAAGAGUAGCAGGAGACACAGACGUAAUAGUCAGUGUCUCUGGAGAGAGUCCUCGUCCUCUCAUACUAGUUCUGACAUCCUAUGAGCCAGUAAGGUGGAGACUGAGUGUCACUAGAGGAGUCAUCAUCGACAGAGUCAUUCUGAGUGGAUACUAUGCCAGUACUGUCACUUCAAGCCCCAGUAAUGCUAUUAGACAAACUGAGACACUGAGGGACCCUGACAACCACUAUGGAUAUGGGACUGAUAAUGGAGGUGGAGGAACUGCAGAGCUUCUGCUCUAUCUCCAACAAAGAUUUGGUCCUGUCACUUCAUUCAGUGGCAGCUACAGAGCUGAUCUAUGGGAGCUCAACAUUCACAGGACACCAGCUUGCAGUUUCAACAACAUGACUCGCAAUUGUCCUGUGCCCUCGGCUCCAGAGAAUGGAGCAGUGAAUGUGACUGGAGUCCAGCCAAUUGUAGCAAAGUACAGUUGCCAUGAGGGAACUCUGGUUGGACCUGAGAUGAGGAUAUGUCUGGAAAGUGGCUGGUCUGGAGAGGAACCUUCCUGCAGAACAGGUAUU